GAUCUGCGCAUGACAGGAAGUGCACAAGCGAAAAAAAUCGGGCGACUAAAUUUUGUCUGCCUGUCAUCAGCAAAACUGGAAAUAUCGUGGAUUUUCUAUGAUUUUUCUUCGUAAAUCUGGAGCCCUGAACAGAUUGAGGACAUCAUGUCGUCAGCGCCAAGUGCAGAGAUUUCGAGGAAAAAUCCCUUGGAGGACUUUGAGUUGCUGCAAAGAAUAGGUAGCGGAACGUACGGCGAUGUUUACAAGGCUCGGAUGACUCAAACUGGAACUCUGUCUGCCAUCAAGGUUAUCAAGAUAGAGCCAGGUGAUGAUUUUACGAUCAUCCAACAAGAAAUCUUGAUGAUGAAGGACUGUCGGCAUCCAAAUAUUGUGGGAUAUUUUGGGAGUUAUCUGAGAAGAGAGAAGCUAUGGAUCGCCAUGGAAUACUGUGGAGGUGGAUCUCUACAAGAUAUCUAUCACAGUGAGUAUAUCAUAGGGUAUUUAUAUUGCGCAUACAGGCGCUCCUAUAUUAGUCCGGCUACUAUAGAGUCAAGCAAGGCAGAAAGGCAACCGAUCCUGAUGCUCACAACUUCUUGAGGAUUUCCUUCCUGCUGGUACCCAUUUAACUCACCUGGGUCGAGUGCAACAUAAUGUGGAUGAAUAUCUUGCUGAAGUAAAUUAAUGCUGUGACACACGGUUCCAUGACAUUUGCUCAGGCGACAAUUGCUCCGCUCUAUAUUCCACACACACAUCGAAUGACCAACUUUAACCCUGGGUUUAACACUAUACCCUACCCUAAACCUAACAUUAAACCCAAUUGCAACCCAACCCUACAUCUUAUACGAAAUUAAGCCCGGACCAGAAGUCGCAGGAGCAAAUGCCGUGUUACCAAACCCACAACCCUCUGAUUGCAAGGCAAGAUUCAGAACCACAGGUAAGAGUCAGUGCUGCCAAACACCCUUUGAUCACAAUUCCCAUCUCUCUAAGAUCAGGAGAGUGUUACAUAAAUAAUCAUGUUAGUGAUUGUCACUAACAAAUUUGCUCUGAGCCAAUCAGAUGCAAGGAUUUUUAGUUGCCUCUAUCAUCUGUCUUCGAAAAUCAUUGACAAAACUCUUCAUGAAACACUCCCUUGGAAAGACGGUCCCCUUCCCCCUCACACAUUAGGUGGUGCUUCACCAUCCCGAGUUUGCUCAAUCUCGAGAUUUUAGCCCGAUCGGCCCUCUUUGCGAUUAAUCUUGAGAUUCAAGAAACCCUUUCCCCACCAUCGCAAGAAGAACGAUUCCUGCUCGAGCGAGGCAUCGAUGCAUUAUGGUCUGACGCCGUGAAUAAAUAAUCCCGAGUGCGUCUGCACCUGUGAAUUAGCGGGAUAAUUUGUAAAAUAGCACGCUAUUUUGCAAAUAAUCCCAUGUUGACUUGGGAUCGCAAUCUCGAGUUUAAUCCAGCAAACUAGCACGAUAAUUGCGUCUCCAUUAUAAAUAAUCUUAAGAUUGUUCAGAUCGGGAUAAUUUGCUGGAUCAGAAAUAGCGUGCUAAUUUGAAAACUCGGGCUGGUGCAGACGGCCCUAUUGAUCUGAACGCAGGGUUAUGUGCACCAGUAUAUAAAUUGCGUUUGUUGGACUUGGGUCUCCCAUUGCAAAUUCUCCAGUGAUAUGGUACCCUAAGGGACAUUAAUGAAGGGAUGGUUUGUUAAACCUUUUCUUUGUUGGAGACGAGGAAUACAGUUAGCAAUAAACAGACUGCCCUGAGGUCAUAGUUCAUAUUAAAUUGUGAUAGAGAGAAUGAGAGAAAGAGCUAAAUGGGUUCUAGUUGAGAGUGACUCGCAAUACCACAAUCUCAUAAUGGGGGGGGGGGGGGGUCGAUCAUUUCAAUAUACUUGGUCAUUCCUAUGGAAUAAAGUUCCACAAGAUAUCAGUAAUAUUUCUUCUUGUAGCACCUUUAAAAUCUCACAAGAUCCCUGGUUAAAUUGAAAUUCAGAUUCAGACAAACUUUCAAGUAAAUAUACUGUAGUUGCUGUGGAGUCACUGCAGAGUUGUUGCAUGAUGAUACCUAAGUAUAAAUGCAGAAGACAGAUAUUUACGAAGGAGGAAGAAAAAGCCAGCCGACUCUUCAGAAGGCGGGAAACCAGGCUUGUAGGAGGAAAGAGAAAGAGAAUAGAUAAUGCACUGACCUGUUUCUUUCUGCAUCAUUCUUUUAUGAUUGCAUGUUGGGUUUCAUUUGUAAUAUCCAUGUACAAAGUCAUUGGAAGAACAUCUCAGAAAAAUAAUUGAUCCAACGUAUAUCAGUCCCUUUUAUAAUGAAUUGAAAAAUAAAAAUAAAUAAAGAAGGGGAAAAUCAAGCGAAAGAAACAGAAACAUUACAUUUAUAAUACAUGUACCAGAUUUAUUACCUUUUUGGUUUUUAUUAUAAAGUGAGAUGCCAGUCAGUGUUUUCAUCAUGUUUUGCCUCAUUGAAAUGUAUUGUAUUCUGUGUACAAGUUAUUCCACAUUGAUCCAUGUUAGUGCUGUUGUCGGAAACAAAAAUCCAUGUCGACAUGUCGCUUAAAAAUUAAUCCCGACAUCGACAAUGUCGAUGUCGACAUGAAAAAGGGACUGUAAUUUAGCCUAGGCUCCCUAACAUAAAAAAAAUCAUUCGAUCGUGGAACAUAACACUCUCAAUCAAAUGUAUUUACCUUGACACGAGUGAUAUCCCCACACUAGAUCUAGAUCUACAUAUAAUACAGGCUCAGUUCGGGAAACAUUUUCACUAAGCUAGAGUGAAUUCACUUCCAAAAUCACCGAUUAAUCCACAUUUUUUUCUGGGGAAUCAAGUUUUUGUACCACGAUCCGGUCUCGAAAGCAUUGCACAAUAACACUCGGAGCCAAUUUGAGAAUCACCAAUUACAACAGUGAUCAUUGCGUAUUAUAAGCUGGUACACAUGUGCUGCAAACGCAAGCUCCUCAAAUUGAC